AUGGAGUUUACGGAUAGUCCGGAUUUUCUGGCACAUUCCGCUAUUGCGGCUGAUUCGCUGAUGGACUUUCAGUUUAUUCUUACAACGGAAAAUAGCGAACGUUUAAAGAAAUGUAACCGGAAUCAGGGUCUUUUCAUUCAAAAGCGAUGCGUGGAGUUUCUGUUCAACGCCUGCCAUCAGCUUCAUUUGACGUCUCACGUGCGUUACACCGCUUCCCUAAUCUUCGACUCAUUUCUCAUUGAACAUGUAAAUUCGUUGUGGCAAUACGUCUUGGAUAACUGCGAGGACAAGAAGAUUGCUAAGUUGGAAUGGCAGAACCUCGAAGACAAGAUCGCCAGUCAGAUGACUCUUCGUGUUUUGUCCUGCAUACAGAUUGCCAGCAAACUGCACAGCCAUUGUCGAAUGAAGAGGAUUCACGAAAUCACGCAUAUUCCUGCACAGGACGUGCUCGACUUUUCGCGAGUAAUCUGUAGACAUCUAGUGACGGUAGCUACCGGUGACGAAGGCAUGAACGCUAGCUGA